AUGGACAGAAGGGGAAACGAUGCACCGGCGAUCGGCAUUGACCUUGGAACAACCUACUCAUGUGUCGCCGUUUGGAAGCAUGAUCACAUCCAAAUCAUUCCCAACGAUCAGGGCAAUAGAAUCACACCGUCUUGUGUUGCUUUCAGUGAUGCAGAACAUGCUAAGAGGUUGAUUGGAAGGAGAUUCAGUGAUUCCAAAGUGCAGGAUGACAUCAAGUUGUGGCCUUUCAAGAUCAUACAAGGGCCUGCUGACACACCAAAGAUUGUUGUCUCCUACAAAGGUGAAGAGAAGGAUUUUUCAGCGGAAGAAGUUUCAUCGAUGAUUCUUGGGAAGAUGAAAGAAACUGCUGAGUCAUACCUUGGAAAAGUUGUGAAAGAUGCUGUGAUAACUGUCCCAGCUUACUUUAACGAUUCGCAACGUCAAGCAACAAAGGAUGCUGGAGCUAUUGCUGGACUUAAUGUCAUUCGCAUCAUCAAUGAGCCUACAGCAGCUGCAAUUGCUUAUGGUCUAGACAACAAGUCUGAUAUUACUCGGAAGAUCAAUGUGCUCGUCUUUGAUCUAGGUGGUGGCACAUUCGAUGUCUCUUUAUUGACCAUUGCAAAAGGUGGAACCAUUGAGGUGAAAGCUGUUGGUGGUGACACUCAUUUGGGAGGUGAGGAUUUUGAUAACCGCAUGGUGGAUUAUUGUGCUCGGGAAUUCAAGAGGAGAUGGAACAAGGACUUAACGGGGAACAAAAGAGCAUUAGGGAGGCUGAGAUGUGCUUGUGAGAAAGCAAAAAGGAUUCUCUCAUGCAGUAUUCAAACUUCCAUCGAAAUAGAUGGCUUGCAUGAGUCGAUUGAUUUUUCCAUGAAAUUCAGUCGAGCUAAAUUUGAAGAGCUCAACAUGAGUUUCUUCGAUAAAUGUAUUGCGACUGUGAACGCAUGUUUAAGCGAUGCAAAGAUGAAGAAAUCGUGUGUAAAAGAGGUGAUUCUUGUUGGUGGGUCAACUAGAAUACCGAAAAUCCAGUGUAUGUUGCAGGAAUGUUUUGAAAGGAAGGAGCUGUGCAAGAGUGUGAACCCUGAUGAGGCUGUUGCAUAUGGUGCAGCUGUCAUGGCUUCAAAGUUAAGUGGUAAUAGCGAUAAACGUGUUCGAGAUUUAAUAUUAUUGGACGUCACUCCUUUGUCCCUUGGUCAAGAAACAAGAGGAGAAAAAUUAACUGUUGUGAUCCCACGAAACACUCCUGUACCUACGAAGAAAUCCAAAGACUUUUAUACAUGUCAUGACAACCAAUCUCAUGCAACUAUUACGGUGUAUCAAGGUGAAAGAGCACGAUCUAAAGAUAUGCAUAUUUUGAAAAACGACAUCCUUAUAUGUUUUUGUAUGUUGAAUUGUAUCCUUAGAAGUGACAUGUUGAGAUAUAGAGGAUUAGCAGCCCAAAAUUCCCAAAUGAGAUACCUUCCCACUCUAUUCUAUUCUUAA